GGUUGUCAUAUUGAAAAAAGAAAGAAAAGAGAAAAAACACACCUACCACCACAUGCAAAUAUAAAAAAUAAAAAGACAACCCCAACCAAUUGCACCACAACCGGAUGGAGGAACCCAGCUGACACACCAAGACGAGUCUCUGUGUCUAGGGAAUCUUGGGGUUCAGCUCCUUUUACUUCAAGAGAGCCUGAACUAAAUUAGUGCAAUUUUUAAAGCAUGGCCUGAAUGAUUCAGUGAUUAUCAAGUCAAACUACAAACGUAAACGGCUGCUACCACUGCCAACUAGGUCAAGGAGACUCUCCAAGGUGCCUAACUGGCGGCUGUCACCACCUGACUUGGUUUUGUUUGGCUACUUUGCUCUCCUGUGCAGUGUUACGAGCCUGCCUAAUGAGGAGAAAUCUGAAGACAUAAAAGCUACAGUCAAGGAACAUGUCAUUUAGCACCUUCACUUUUUGAUCCCUACAGAAGACAAUGAGAAGUCAGAUGGUAACAAUGACGACAACUUCAGUCAGCAGCUGGCCUUGCUCCUCCCAGGGAGUGCACUUUGUAACUAAUCACAGCGUCCAAUGGCCACACAACUUCUCAGGAGCCUCAAAUUUUACUGCCUGUUCCAUGGAUGAAAAAUUACUCUCUAAUGUGUUAACAACAUUCUACUCUGUUAUUUUCAUCGUGGGCCUCAUUGGAAACAUAAUUGCCCUCUAUGUAUUUCUGGGUAUCCACCGCAAAAGGAAUUCCAUUCAGAUUUACCUACUCAAUGUAGCCAUUGCAGACCUCUUACUUAUCUUCUGCCUCCCUUUCCGAAUAAUGUAUCACAUUAACCAAAACAAGUGGACACUAGGUGUGAUUCUUUGCAAGGUUGUGGGAACACUAUUUUAUAUGAACAUGUACAUUAGCAUUAUUUUGCUUGGAUUCAUCAGUUUGGAUCGCUACAUAAAAAUUAAUCGGUCUAUACAACAACGGAAGGCGAUAACAACCAAACAGAGUAUUUAUGUUUGCUGUAUAGUAUGGAUAAUUGCCCUUGCUGGAUUUUUAACUAUGAUUAUUUUAACCCUUAAGAAAGGAGGUCAUAAUUCCACAAUGUGUUUCCAUUAUAGAGAUAAGCAUAAUGCAAAAGGAGAAGCAAUUUUUAACUACAUUCUUGUGGUAAUGUUCUGGCUAAUUUUCCUACUAAUAAUCCUUUCCUAUAUUAAGAUUGGCAAGAAUCUAUUGAGGAUUUCUAAAAGGAGGUCAAAAUUUCCUAACUCUGGCAAAUAUGCCACUACAGCCCGGAAUUCCUUUAUUGUGCUUAUCAUUUUUACUGUAUGUUUUGUUCCCUAUCAUGGCUUCCGAUUUGUCUAUAUUUCUUCACAGCUAAAUAUGUCGUCUUGCUAUUGGAAGGAAAUCGUUCACAAAACCAAUGAGAUCAUGCUGGUUUUCUCAUCUUUUAAUAGCUGUUUAGAUCCAGUCAUGUAUUUCCUGAUGUCCAGUAACAUUCGCAAAAUAAUGUGCCAACUUCUUUCUAGACGGUUUCAAGGGGAAGCAAGCAGGAGUGAAAGCACUUCAGAAUUUAAACCAGGAUACUCCCUGCAUGAUACAUUCGCUACAGCUAAAAUUCAGUCUACUUCUUAAAGCACUUACGGUAAACAUAUUAAAAAGAAUGAUAAAAUACAGCCUAAUUCCUUGAAGAACAAAAAAUUAUGAAACAAAGCUCUAGCAUUUACAAAGCUUAGAUCCUCCCAAAGUUCUUUGCUUAUUUGUGAUAUUUCAUUUGCUUAAUUACAAAAUAUUUUAAGUGCAAGCUUACACUCACCACUAGAUUUUAAAUCUGUAUAUAAAAUCUUUUAGGCUAACACUGUUAACAUAGAUUAUAAAAUUAAAUGAAAUUUAUGGUUUUAACCACAGAAUAAUUAAAGAAAAUGUUAUAGUUUCUCAAGUCACUAAAGUAGCUAUUCAAAAUUAAGUACCUAAUACUAAUUUAAAGUGUGCUUAAAAGUUAACCGAUUUGAGGACCGACUUAAAAUGUCAGAAAAUAUGUUCAUUGUCAUUUAAAAAGCUUGUAUAAUUUGCCACUGUAUUCAUUUAUGUCUAAACCUCUAUUAACAGAUGAAAUAAUAAAAUUCUAAUAAAAAAUGAAAUCACCCACUAUCUAUCACUGCUUAGUACAAUAGGUGAGCUAAAAUUCAAUAGCCUAGCGACAGUACUUAAGACUGCACCUUACUUAAAACAGAUUUAUAAACAAUUCGGCCAUCUUGGACCAUACACUUUGAUAAAGCGAAAUUGAAGAUGUGUACACCCUGUGAUCCAGCAAGUCCACUACGAGGUAUACAUCUUACAGAACCACUCAAACAUGUAUACAAGAAAACGUGUAAAGAUGCUCAGUGACCUACUGCUCACAAUACUAAACAAAUGUAAACACCCUGAGUAUGCAUCAGCAAAGGAAUGGAGAAAAAAACUUCAUCUGCAUGCAUCAACGUGGAGAAUUGGCAAAAAUAAUGUUGAAUAAAAACCAAAAACUGCAAAGGGGUAUGUACCCUAUGAAAUCACUUAUGUAAAAUACAAAACCACAUAAAACAAUACCGUAUUCUUUACAGAUCUAUACAUAUGCAAUAAAAAUAUAAAACAUACGUCAUAAUAUACACAAGCAUAUAUACCAACUUAAGGUUAAUGGUUACAUCUGGAGAGAUUUGAAGCAAACAUGGCAAAAUAUUAAUAAUGUCUGUUAAACCUGUGUGGUAAUACAUGGGUAUUUGUUAUGUAAUUUUUGGUAUAUAUCUGAGUGUUUGAAAUAUUUCAUAACAAUAAAGAAAACCUGUAGGUUAGAAUUAAAAGGA